AUGCUCCUAACCUUGCCCCCGGAGCUCUACUUCUUCAUCUACAUCGAACUUGAAAUCACCGACACUUUAGCUCUUCAUUUGAACCAACAAUUCUCUCAGACAUGUCGCCUUUUACAAGGGCAUGGUCGCACCAAAGCCUUGUGGAUUCGAUUAUUGGAUCGUUCAUUCCACGGCGGCCCUAUACCGCCUUCGCUUAUAAACUACACCUCUUUCGAUGCCGCAACGCUCGAGACACUUGCUCGCAGGAUAUCGACCCUAUCUCGUCGCGAAGACUUGCCUCCAAUUGUUUCGCAUGCUUGGCGGACACAACUGCCUCGGGGAAUUCAAUGGGUUGGGCUUGCAGCUUCGAGAUGGCUUAUUGUCGCUUCAUCCGACCGCCAAAUUAGCACGCUGCAAUGCUGGGAUCUGACCUGCGCCUUCAAUGGGGACGAUCAUCCUGUCGCUCAAAUCUACCUCCCUGCCCAAGUGAAGACCGCAAAGUUGGAGGUGCAACGGUCAGGAAUAAUCCUGGCCCUUGGCUUAAUGAAUCCGUCCACGGCAUUAUAUGUUGUUUCCCUGAAAAGAAAAUCCGACCGCGUUGUCUUCGUCCACGAAUACAGUCUCAUCGGUUCAUCGCAUGUUCUUAUGCUUCACGAUGCUCUUGUUGGGUGUGCAAUCCGUGAAGCAUUGAAUGAGCCCCAUGUAGUCAACUGGAAAACUGGAACCAUUCUUGAUAUCGAACCCCCUCCUGGUGGUCUGGACAUUCUUAGCCGUCGUAGUGUACCACACUUCAUGACAAUGUGGACCGAAGAUACUCUUCUUAUCGUCCGUCUCGAUGGACUCGAAUUUUACCACCGUGAAGGCGAUAGAUUUUUCUUCCGUCAGCUCUUAAUCGUGGAUGAUGUCCAGGAAGUCACAGUUUGCAAGCAUUGCGACCCCUCGCACUUGCAGUUGGCUGUCCUCACGCAAUGUGACAUUCAGAUUUGGACUCUUCGUCAGGACAAUCAUGACAUAGUCCUGAACGGUAUCAAAAUUGAAUAUUUUAACCCAUACACUCUUGGAGGUUGUCCAAUUUUCCGCUUGAGAACGAGCCAGUCUGGCACCCGCGUCAUAUGGAUUUCAACAGUUCGCUGGGUCAGGUCUAGAGAUCGGCCCUCGUUGGCCAUCUUUCGGCUCUCCAAACAACCUCCUAACCCUUCUGACUCGACAUCAGCUCUGACCUGGAAAGACGACGAUGUUCACGCACCAGCGUUGUGGGCAUUUUGCAAUGUCGACUAUGACGAUAUACUGGGCUUAACUGUGAUUGGAAACCACUUUGGGGAGCUGGCUGUGUAUGACCAUGUGGGCGGCUACGCAAGACUCGUUGGCAGUUCUUUCGGGGCGGCCCCUGUUCUUGCAGCUCACAACACUGUCAUUUCUGAGGCACUAAACGAAUGCGUGAUUUCUAGUUCACCUUUCUAUCUCAACAUCCCAUUACCCGUCACUCGAGUGAUGACCCAUGCAGAGCUCAUGUCUUCCCGUGCAGCCAAAUGGGCCAAAGACAAACUUGAUCUCAACCCACAGUGUUGGAUGCGCACAGAUUUCACCCCCGACAAAGUGCUCGACGAGACCGAUCGAUUCCCUAAAUACGACGCAUGGGAAGGUCAACCCAGUGACAAUGCUUGGAUACUAUCGCACCUGUAUGGGUUUCCUGGCGAAGUGUUACCCCAAGCUUCCAGAAUUAUUGAGGGCCCACAUGAUUCAGAGGACGACGCCAUUCUUUUCCGCCUUUGCCCUAAUGGAUCCAAUGUUUCCCCAAACUCCUGGUCGUCGCGGUCAAUAGGGCGGUAUAUUUUUGCUGCCCCAGUACCUGGCUCAUACUAUGGGUUCUUUUUCUUGCCUCAAGACUUCCGUCCCUCAGGCAAUCUUUCGGUACGUGAAGCUUCUUGGUUGGGGGAGCAACUUCCUGUCAAGGUAGCUGCAUUCGGAGAAAGUAAUGCCUAUGGUCGAGGCCUGAAAGAAGAUCCAAAAUAUCAAAGUGUCAGUUGUUGGCAUGAAAUCUCGUGGAACUGA